GUCUACGGAUUUCCCAUGUGGCUGAUAUGGCAUGGGCGACUGGCACAGAAGGGUUGGGAAUAUUUACACGUCCAUUAUGCUUUGAUAGGUGACGGGACUGAGCGGGGGCUUGCGGAACAGAACGUGAUGGAGAACCGUUGCAUGUGGCCAUGCUUUUCCGGGAAGAGACCUGGGGAGUAUCCGGGUACGUUGAUGGAAUUUGAGCUCCAACCGCGACGACCCGAACUUGGCAGACGUGGUCAGGCCAGCAUUGGCCGACAAAACAUCACGCCACUCCCCAGAUCGACCUCCAUCGUGCGACAUUGCCAUCAUCAUCGGCUCAGCGGAAAAAGUUGAGGCAAUGACAUAAAACAGCUGCUUUUCCCUCAAAUACGGAGCGACAAUGAGCAAUAAGACGUAACAAACCAACAUGGCCUCCAGAAGAACCUGUCAACAGCUAUGGCGCAUCCGUCACACCCCAAACGCCGUCACCUCAAGCAGAAACAUCACGAACCCCACAUCCCGGCCGGUCGUCAUUCUCGGCGCAGGUGUUCUCGGCCGCCGGCUCGCUGUCAUGUGGGCCUCCACGGGCCGACCCGUGGUCCUCCACGAUGUCGACUUUCGGGCGCUGGCCUCGGCCACCGUCUAUAUCGGCGACGCCCUCACCAGCGUUUGCGCCGUGCGCGAGACGCGCCCGGGCCGGGUCACGACAAGCACGGUCCUGGAGGAGUCGUGCGGUGCGGACCCAUGGAUGGUCAUCGAGGCGCUCCCCGAGGACCCCGAGAUCAAGCGCGAGAUGCUCGGCAAGGCCGACGCCCUCGUGCCAGAGGACUGCAUACUGGCCUCCAACAGCUCGACGUGGCCCACCUCGGCGCUGCGGAACCUCAUCACGCGCCCGGAGCGCCUGCUCAACACGCACUACCACCUCCCGCCGCGCAACACGUACGUCGAGCUCAUGACCUGCGGUGCGACGGACCGGGAUCUCAUGCCGUUCCUAAAGGCACAGAUGCGCGGCGUGGGCUUCAACCCACUGGCCCUACCGCACGAGUCCGUCGGCUUCGUCUUCAACCGGAUCUGGUCCGCCGUCAAGUCGGACACGCUCCGGGUCCUGCAGGCGGAGCUCGCGUCUCCGAGGGACAUUGACGCGCUGUUUCGCGACUUCUUCCACGCGGAGAAGGGGCCCUGCGAGAAGAUGGACGAGGUCGGUCUCGACACGGUGUGGCAGGUCGAGAGGAAUAGGGUGAGCAUGGGCGUGGUCGACGCGGACAAGGCGGGAUAUACGGACUGGUUGGAGGAGAAUUACAUCUCGAGGGGCCGGCUGGGUGAGAAGACGGGAGAUGGGUUGUAUUCGGCAGAGGAGAGGAGGUUACUCAUGGAGAAGAGGGCGCUGGCGAGAAGCUUGUAUCUGACGCCGCAUUGAGAAGGAGAGUGGCUGCCUGGAGAAGCACCUAUUAGGUCACUCUUUUCUUGGGUUGUGUUUGAUGAUUAUGAUUUAGAGAUAUAUAUUUGAAUGAUGGUAGCAAGAGCAAUACUUUGAAGAGUAACUAGAAU